AUCUUUACCUCCUUUUUAUUUUCCCUCUUCUUCUCCCCUCUCUUCUUCUCCCCUCUCUUAUUCUCCUUUCAUGAGACAACCCCCUCUUUCUUCAUGGCGUCAACUCUGCAACUCUAACAAUCACAGCCCAACUUUUAAAAACCCUCCAACAUCUCCAAAACCUUUACUCUCCGAUACCCAAGAUUUUCCCAUAUUUGCCACUCUCAGACAGCCAACAAAAAGAAAACAAAACGGCUCCUUGUAUAGUAAACAACACUAGCGCCAAGCUAGCUAGACUUGCAGAUAUCAUGGCUGCCAUGGGGAGUUUUUCUUCUUCUUCCCAAACUGCUGCUACCCCUAUCGGUAGACCGUUUUGUCCUCCUCCUUGGCUUUCCCGGUCCCGUUCCGUACACUUCUUCUUGGUUUCUUCUAGAGCCUUGCAGAGGCGAGAAAUGUGCACAAUGCAGAGUGUUCACUAUUCUUUUCUCUGUGAGACCAUGUCUCGUAGUUCCCGUCAUUACCAUCAUCCCAAAGAUAUGAAACUUAAAGUAGCUGCUUCUGACUAUGCUAGGAUGGUCCACCCUGAACCAGAUUGGCAUGUUUCCGAUAACAAGUGCAAACAAGCAAGUGUUGACCAUAGAAAGAAUGAAAACCCAGCAAGUUAUGGAAAGCCUACAAUGGUAUCAUUUCGAGUGAAUGAUUUUACUUUUACUCCGAAAAUUCCUAGCAUACCCAAUGCUGAGCUCUCGUGGGAAACAGAAGUUCGCAGGAUGAAGAAGAAUAAGGAGAUGGAAAUGGAGAGCCUUGAAGGCUGUAGUUCUUCCUCCAAUGCCCAACAAUACUUCAAUUUGAAGCUUACUGCCCCACUAUUUAAAGCAACUAAUAACGAAGGAUCCAUUUCCAGAAAGAGUGGGAAAAGUAUUAGUCUUUUUGGGAGUCAUUGCACACCCUUACCAACCAGUAAUAAUCAAAUGUCUUUUGAAAAUAGUGUAGGUACUAAUGAAAUAAAUGAUUUUAAGCAGCUGAAGUGUUCUAGCAGGACUGUAGUCUCAACUAAUGGAUCUUAUCCAGGGCUAGUCUUGGACAACCACCAAGAACUUGGAACCGGUGAAGAUACCGAUUUUCUUUCUGAGGAUCAUUCUUCACACCAUCUGACUAGCACUAAACAAAUUUCUAGAGCCAAAAGUACAUCUGCCAAAAAGAUAAAUGGUUCCAAGCAGUUAAAAGUUUCAAUUGGAGCAGAAGUUUCAAGUGAUGACUUGUUAGAAUGGCCAGUUUCAGAUGACAUACAAGACAGAGGACAUAUGGAUCCUAACAUGACCACAAUGGAAAAAGCCAAUGAAAAUGGGGUUACUAGCAUUGAAGGAACUCACCUAGUUUCUCGAGAAGAUAUUCACAAGCAGCUUUCUAGAAUUUAUGAACAGGUUCUUGUUGUAGAUAAUAUCACUGCAGCAAAGGAAGUUGUUCUUAUGCUUACAACUAAAUAUAGGCAUCUUGUUCAUGCAUGUGAUACUGAGGUAUCUAAUAUUGAUGUGAAGAAAGAGACGCCUAUUGAUCAUGGUGAAAUAACAUGUUUCAGUAUUUAUUCUGGAGAAGAUGCAGAUUUUGGAAAUGGGAAAUCCUGUAUCUGGGUCGAUAUCCUAGAUGGUGGCGGCAAGGAUCUUCUGAAGGAAUUUGUUCCGUUUUUUGAAGAUCAAUCCAUCAAAAAGGUGUGGCACAAUUAUAGCUUUGACAGUCAUGUUAUUAAUAACUAUGGGCUUGAGCUUUCUGGAUUUCAUGCUGACACAAUGCAUAUGGCACGGUUGUGGGACUCAUCGAGACGUACAAUGGGCGGUUAUUCUCUUGAAGCUCUUUCUGGUGAUAAAAAUGUGAUGGAAAGGACUAAAUUGCGCAGAGAAGAGAAGGAACUGAUUGGUAAAACAUCAAUGAAAACUAUCUUUGGCAGGAAAAAGGUGAAAAAUGAUGGAUCUGAGGGAAAAAGGAUAACCAUUGCCCCUGUUGAAGAGUUACAGCGGGAAGAACGCAAAUUAUGGAUUUGUUAUUCUGCCUUAGAUUCAAUAAGCACUCUGAGACUUUACGAGAGCUUGAAAAACAAACUAUUAAGCAUGUCUUGGGUAUUUGAUGGUAAACCUGUUCCUGGUAAGUCCAUGUAUCACUUCUACGAAGAGUAUUGGCGACCAUUUGGUGAGCUUCUUGUUAAAAUGGAACGUGAGGGUAUGUUGGUUGAUCGAAUGCAUCUUAAUCAGCUAGAGAAGGUUGCUAAAGCGGAGCAAGAGAUUGCUGCUAAUAGAUUUCGCACAUGGGCAUCCAGAUAUUGUGAUGAUGCCAAGUAUAUGAAUGUCGGAAGUGAUACUCAGCUCCGUCAGCUUCUUUAUGGAGGCAUUCUUAACAGUAAGGAUCCAAGUGUGAGUCUCCCUGAUGAGAAAAUUUUCAAAGUUCCAAAUGUCAAUAAAGUGAUUGAAGAAGGCAAAAAGGCUCCCACUAAGUUUUGCAAUAUUAAGCUGUGUAGCAUUGGUGUUAAGCUCCCUGCUGAGAUUUACACUGCCACUGGUUGGCCCGCGGUUGGUGGUGAUGCCUUGAAGAGCUUAGCUGGGAAGGUUUCCGCUGAAUAUGAUUUCACAGAAGACACAGAUGAUGGUGAUAUUGAUGAUCUUCCUGAAACAAUGACUGAUGUUGAUACAUCUGCAUAUGGAACUGCUUUUGCCGCAUUUGAGGAUGAGGAAAAGGGGAGGGAGGCAUGCCAUGCUAUUGCCUCAUUAUGUGAAGUUUGCUCUAUUGACUCGUUAAUAUCCAAUUUCAUUCUCCCCUUGCAGGGGAGUAAUGUGUCAGGCAACAGCGGGCGUGUUCAUUGUUCACUGAAUAUCAAUACAGAAACUGGGCGCUUAUCUGCAAGGAGACCAAAUUUGCAGAAUCAACCUGCUCUAGAGAAGGAUCGGUAUAAGAUACGUCAGGCCUUUAUAGCUGCCCCUGGAAAUUCCCUUGUUGUUGCAGAUUACGGGCAGCUGGAGCUUAGGAUUCUUGCACAUUUGGCUGACUGUAAAAGCAUGUUGGAUGCCUUCGAAGCUGGUGGAGAUUUCCAUUCAAGGACUGCAAUGAACAUGUACUCUCAUAUCCUUGAAGCCGUUGAAAAGGGGCAAGUUCUUCUUGAGUGGCAUCCACAACCUGGUGAAGAGAAACCACCAGUUCCACUUUUAAAGGAUGCCUUUGGUUCUGAAAGAAGAAAAGCUAAAAUGCUCAACUUUUCCAUUGCAUAUGGAAAAACUCCUGUGGGGCUUGCUAGGGAUUGGAAGGUUUCUGUUGAAGAAGCAAAGAACACUGUUGACCUAUGGUACAAGGAAAGACAAGAAGUGCUUGAAUGGCAGAAACUGCGUAAAUUUGAUGCUCAGAAAUACGGGUGUGUUAAGACAUUGCUGGGAAGGGCUCGCCGCUUCCCAUCGUUUGAUCAUUGUACACGUGCUCAAAGAGGUCAUAUUGAACGGGCUGCUAUCAAUACUCCAGUGCAGGGGAGUGCUGCUGAUGUUGCAAUGUGUGCAAUGUUACAAAUAUCAAAGAACGAAUGUCUAAAGGAGCUUGGUUGGAGGCUUCUUUUACAGGUUCAUGAUGAAGUAAUCUUGGAAGGACCAAGUGAGUCGGCUGAGAUAGCAAAAGCAAUUGUUGCCGAGUGCAUGUCAAAACCCUUUGAUGGAAAGAACAUUCUUAAAGUUGACCUUGCUGUUGAUGCCAAGUGUGCCCAAAACUGGUAUGCUGCCAAAUAGACAGUGGUUAGAGCUCGAAACAUGUAAAUUUUUUUGGUUUCAAACACUUUCUUCCAAGAUGCUACUUUUUCCCUGUACUGGAGGAAUACCGGAGCUUGUGUUGUCCUUGGCUGCCGCAGUAAUUUAACUCCCUGUUUCUUGGGGAUUUUUCAUCUACUGGCCUUUAGGGUUCUGUGGAUUCAGGUCGUACUUUCUGGCUUUAGUCAUUUUAAGGAGCAUGGGAAUUGCAGCGCCAUAUGUACAGAGAAUAUUGUUGCAU